UCUUUUCCAGCCUAUAAAACGCAAGCCAUGCACCCGGCCAUCAGCAAGAAACCAGCCACACGCACACAUCCUCUUCCAAAUCGUCUAGAAGCCUCUAGAACGUUCCCAUCGCCGUACGUGGAAGAGAUCGAAUAACUAGCUAAUGGACCGCGUGGCGAGGCUGGCGUCGGAGCGUGCGGUGGUGGUGUUCACGGUGAGCAAUUGCAGCAUGUGCCACGCCGUGACGUCGCUGCUGGGCAACCUGGGCGUGAACGUGGCCGUGCACGAGCUGGACAGGGACCCCAGGGGCAGGGAGAUGGAGCGGGAGCUCGCCAGGAGGCUCGGUGGCGGCCGCGGUGCCCCCUCCGUGCCAGCGGUGUUCGUGGGCGGCGACCUCGUCGGCGGGACCAACAGGGUCAUGGCGUUGCACCUCGCCGGCGAGCUCGUGCCCAUGCUCAAGAGAGCCGGCGCGCUCUGGCUGUAGGAUCGAGAACGUCCGCAUGGCUAGUUUUUUUUUUUUUAAUUUUAUCCAGAUGUGUAUACAUGAAUA